AUGGGCUUUGGCCACCGCGUGUACAAGACCUACGACCCGCGUUCCCGCAUCAUGAAGCAGAUCUGCGAGCAGGUGCUGGAGCAGACGGGCGCGAUCAACGACCCUCUGCUGGAGAUUGCAAUGGAGCUGGAGCAGAUCGCGGUGCGGGACGACUACUUUGUCAAGCGCAACCUGUACCCCAACGUCGACUUUUACAGUGGCAUUGUGCUGCGCGCGCUGGACAUACCCGUCUCCAUGUACACCGUGAUAUUUGCGGUGGCGCGCACCGUGGGGUGGGUGUCCCAGUGGAAGGAGAUGGUCUCAGAGGACACCUCCAAGAUCACGCGGCCCCGCCAGAUGUACAUGGGUCACUUGGAGCGGCAGUUUGUGGCGGUUGCGCGGCGCGGCGACGCAUCAGUCAUCCCCAACAGCUGCGACCUGGACUCGCUGCUGGAGGACACCGCCGUGUAUGCGGACGGACCCUACAAGCGGGCCGUCUCCGUCCGCGCCGCGCGCGUUGGCGUCUGA